CUGCAGGAAUCAUGUCAUCAGACAGCUCCCUCGAUGAUAGUCUUACACACAGGAAGUUCAAGAGCAAGAAGAAAAAGAGAACAAUGACUUUACAUUUGGACAAUGAUGAGCUUGGAGACGACUCAGUGCGCAGUCAACUAAUACCAUGCGACGAACCAAAAGUGCAAUUCUCCUCAAAGGAGUCGAUCCUAGCGACAUCUGUCCAGAUGUUCAUCCCCUUCCUGCUGGCAGGCUUCGGCAUGGUGGCAGCAUCACUCCUCCUCGAUAUGGUGCAACAUUGGCCCGUGUUUCAAAACGUCUCCGAAGUUUACAUUCUCGUGCCAGCCUUGCUGGGCCUCAAAGGCAACCUGGAGAUGACGCUGGCGUCGCGUCUCUCCACGCAUGCGAACCUGGGCCACUUGGACACGCGCUCGCAGCAAUGGAGUCUCAUCGCCGGCAAUCUCUCACUGAUUCAGUGCCAAGCGAUCGUCGUGGGCUUCCUUGCGUCCAUCGCGGCUGUCAUCUUCGGGUGGAUCCCCGCCGGGAAAUUCAACCUGCAACACGCGCUUUUACUCUGUGCUAGUAGCGUCGGCACGGCGUUUAUGGCAAGUUUUAUCCUUGGUCUUGUCAUGGUGGGUGUAAUCCUCUUCUCGAGGCAUUUUCAUAUUAAUCCCGAUAAUGUGGCGACACCUAUCGCUGCUAGUUUGGGUGAUUUAACCACACUGGCGCUGCUGUCGUAUUUUGCGUCAUUGUUGUACAAAACUAUUGAUACUCUACCGUGGCUGCCCGUAGUGAUAAUAAUCGUAGGGAUUUUAUUCGUGCCCCUAUGGGGUUGGUUCGCGUCGAAGAACGAAUACAGCAAAGAAGUGUUGGACACUGGCUGGUCACCGGUGAUUGUCGCCAUGGUUAUUUCGAGCAUCGGCGGGCUGAUACUCGACUUCACCGUCUCGCAGUACAAAGGCGUGGCGGUGUUCCAACUGGUGAUCAACGGCAUCGGUGGUAAUCUCGCCGCGGUGCAAGCAAGUCGCAUUUCAACCGAAUUACAUAGCAAAUCUGUAAUUGGUCGACUGCCUCGAGGUGAGGAGGUUUGCCUAUCGCCUUGUGUGGCAUUCUGUGACAGUGCGAAGACUCCACAUGCCGGAACUGCCCGAAUGCUGUUGCUAAUGGUGGUGCCCGGCCAUCUUAUAUUUUCAUAUACCAUCAGUUACUUACAAGCGGGUCAUACGUCAUUCACGCCUAUUUUUAUGCUGGUUUACUUAACCGCUGCGCUCUUGCAGGUGUUUCUCUUGUUAUACAUUGCGCAGGUGAUGAUCGUGUGGAUGUGGAAGCUGAGCAUAGAUCCGGAUAACUCUGCGAUUCCGUAUCUGACCGCGAUUGGCGAUUUGCUGGGGACACUCCUGCUGGGCGUGGCCUUCCAAGUGCUGUAUCUGAUUGGUGAUCGGGACAGCGAUGUUGGUGACUGAGCGACAGUAUUCGGUGACGAACUCGGGGCCAUUAAAUAUUGUGAUUGUACAUUAUUCGAGUCUAGGUUAAGCUUAGUUAGACAUUUAACUAAAUUGUAUCAUUGAAACCAAAGCCAUUGCAACCCAAAUUUAUCGAUUACUACUAUCGGCCAGUUUAAAUUUACUGUUUAAAGUUUAUAUUGUUAUUAAUUCGUUAUCACUUGCCAUUCGAACGUGAUAUUUGAUUAAUUACAGAGUCGGAGCGUUUUGUGUUUGUUUCCCAUGGGAUUUUGUGUACUUACACGCAAAACAUGAAAACAUAUUUAUUGGUUUGUUCAUUACGCGGAAUGAAUUGAGAUUGUUAAUUGAAUAAAGUUAAUUAUAUUUA